AUGAGAAUCCGCAGCAGGGCUCGGAUCUCGAGUCUAACUAUAGGCAUUACUUCGAAAAAAACUGCAAGUUCCGAAUGCAUUGUGAAGACGAAAUACGGACUUAUCCAGGGCAGACGGUAUGUUACCAAAAAAGGCUGUGAAGCCGACUGCUUCCUUGGAGUGCCCUAUGCGAAACCGCCAGUCGGACAGCUGCGUUUUCAAAAACCACAACGUAUGGAACCAUGGGAAGGAGUGAAAAAUUGCCGUCAGUUCGGGAAUCGUCCCGUACAGAACGAUAUGUUCUGGGACAAAUUCACCAUUUUUACUCCGCAAAGUGAAGACUGUCUCUACCUGAACAUCUUCGCUCCUGCAAUUAAUCCCGCAAAGAGCUAUCCCGUGCUAUUCUACAUCCAUGGAGGCGGUUUUAUGAUGGAUUCCGCUGUGCGAUAUAAGCCCGAGAAUAUGGCUCGAUUGAUCGUGAGCCAAGAAGUAAUUAUCGUCACAAUCCAAUAUCGACUCGGAUAUCUGGGCUACUUUUGCACAGGUGACGGUGUAGCCAAAGGCAAUUAUGGGUUCUGGGAUCAGCUUGAGGCCCUCAAAUGGGUGAAAGAAAAUAUCCAUAAUUUUGGCGGCGAUCCAAAUCGGAUUACGGUAGGCGGUCAGAGUGCUGGAGCUGUAUCGGCGGAUCUGCUCUCGAUUUCACCUCUUUCUCGUGGUAAGACUUAUUCUGGUUACGUCACGUCCUGCAAAUCCUCAAAAUUUUCUCUUUCGGUACGACCUUCAUCUCCCGAUCUUCCUUGA